GCCAGGGCCAGCGCAAUGUUCCGCAGCCGGAAGGGGGCCAAGAAGACCCAAGGCAAGCGCCAGGUUGACGCUGAUGACGAGGCUGUGGCCGACCUGCUGCCAGUAGCUGAGGCGGCGCCUGAUGCGAUGGACGCCGGUGCAGACGACAGCGUCGAGGCCAUCCGCUUGCGCCUCCAGAAGAAGCACAAGAAGCCGCUGGGCACGACCACGACCAAGAAGCGGGCCGUGGCCAUCGAUCUGGAUGACGAAGAUGCGCCCGAGUUUCGCGUUCGCAAAGGCAAGAUUGCGCGUGUGGACGCGCCGGUCGAGACCGAGCGCGCAUCGACCUCGGGCGCGGGCGAGUACUCGCGCGAGAAGCUCGCCGAGCUCCUGGCGCAGCAAAACUAUGCAUCGACGGCCGCGCCCACGACCCACGAAGCGCCGGCGAUCGACGACGAAGCGCCGGUCGUCGUGGAGAGGCCGACCGAGCUGCCUGCGUCGCCACCGCCGGACGCGCCAUUUGUGCCAGAGAGCUUUAUUCCCAUGACCGACCGGCGUCGCGCGCCGCCACCCGUGGAAGAAGCGUCGCUCUCGGAGCCCGACGACGUCGACAUGGCCAACGACGACGACGACGGCACCGACGCGCGGUGGGAGAACGAGCAGCUGCGGCGCGCCGGGCUUCCGAUCCCGGCAGCGUCGCCCGUCUUGCAGCAGCGCGACCUGAGCUUCCAGUCGUUCGGGUCGCUUCUUCUGUCGCUCGAGGCGACGCACGAGGCGCUCACGGAGCGCGUGGACCUCCGGGACCGCGACCGCAUGCGUGCAUCCGUCGACGCGGCCCAAGCAUCCUCUGCGAUCCGUGAUCUCGAGAGCCAGCUCGAGAAGGACGCGCAGACAUUCGACGUUGCGCAAGACAUGUGGGAGUAUCUCUCGACGCUCUGCUUUUGCUUGCGUGCAAAGCUCGAUUCAAUCUCAUCGAUCGAGGCCCUCGUGCCCCAGGACAAGCGCAUGCUCGGCAUGAGCGACGCGAUCUGGGCCGACGUCGACGACGACUACAGCGACUUGCAGCAUGUGUUGGAGCGCUUUGCGGCGUGGAAGACCGCCGACGCUGGCAUGUACGCGGCUGCGUACGGUGACUUGGCCCUCGCGCAGCUCGUUUGUCCGUACAUUCGCGUCGAGUUAGCGACGUGGCAGCCGUGGACGUCGUCGCGCACCUUUCAAGACAUGCGUUGGAGCUCGCUUUUAGAGGACGACGCGCUGCACGAAGCCGCGAUGGCGCUCGUCCAAGAGCAUCUCCGGCGGUACCUUCCACACCUCAACGUCUGCUCGCCGACCCAGCUCCAGAACUUGCGGCGACUUGUGACUCUCUUGGCGCCCGAGAGCCGCCCGAUCCAUGCCGAGAUGCUCACACAGUGCCUCUCGUCCGUCCAAGCGCUGGACUUUGCCAGCAUGGGCGGCGUCGACCUCCGGCUCCUCAAGGACGGCGUCAAGGCGCUCUGUGCGUCGGAUGCGCGCUACGACAGUGUGCUCGAGGCGCUGCUGGAAGGCGAGGCGCGCCACUGGAUGCAGAGAUGCGCAACGGCCGGGACGACGCGCAGUCAUGUGCAAGGGAUUGCCGCCGCCGUCGAAUUGUGGCCACUCGGCAAGAAGUUUCCAAACCUCCUCGUCAACUACGCGGUGCUGCUGCGGCGCUUUGUGGCCGACGCCACCUCGGACACCGACGUGACCUUGGGCCAGGACGUCCUCGCUCGGGUUGAAGCCAAGAUACGCGGAUAA